UUGUUCGGAGUCGGCAUUCAUAGCGAGAAGUUUAUUCUUGACGCGUCACCUGAAUUGUGGUCAAAAAGUGGCUGAUAAAGGACCUAUUUCAGUGUGAAAAUCACCAAAUUGAGGCACUAAAGCACUAAAGAACACUUGUGAAGUAUUAUAUUGAGGGAGGAAAGAGACUUAGAAAUGGCUCUACCGCCCAAUUAUAAGCAAAUCGCAAUGAAUAUGCCGAGUGGUGGUUCACCUUCUCGUGAGUCGAUAGAAAAUCAUGCAUAUAAGAUGAAACCAUAUAUGAUGUCGCCUGUCGCACCGGUUUCUUUCAACAUUCUGAAAGAACGUUUGCGAGCUUCUGGCGGCGCAUCGUCAAAUGAUCGUGGCAAGGACAAUGCCAGUCCUUUUGUGCACUCUUCGCAUGGAAAUCCGGCUUUCACGCCGCAAAAAGUCGGCAAAGGCGGCGUUACGAUCGAUCCUCGUGCACCGAAACCGCCAAAACCGCCAGAGAAGCCAAUCAUGCCGUACAUGCGCUACUCGAGGAAGAUCUGGGACAGCGUGAAAGCGGCCAAUCCGGAGUUGAAACUGUGGGAAAUUGGCAAGAUAAUUGGGCAAAUGUGGCGCGAUGCGUCUGAUGCGGAGAAGCAAGAGUUUAUUGAUGAAUAUGAGGCGGAGAAGGUUGAAUACGAGAAAAACUUGAAAAUAUAUCACAAUUCACCCGCAUAUUUGGCAUUUUUGUCUGCUAAAAGUAAAUCAAAGCCUGCCGGUGCGGAUGCUGAUCCGCACGAGACGCCGCGAUCGAGCUCCAAGAGUCAACAGCAGGAGCGGCGCAUUGACAUACAGCCGGCGGAGGACGAGGAGGAUCAGGACGAUGGCUAUUCCUUCAAGCACGUUGCUUAUGCGCGCUUCCUGCGCAACCAUCGCCUCAUCAAUGAGAUCUUCUCGGACGCCGUCGUGCCGGACGUGCGUUCAGUCGUGACGACGCAGCGAAUGCAAGUGCUGAAGCGCCAAGUGCAGUCAUUGACGAUGCACCAGAUGAAGCUGGAGGCGGAAUUGCAGCAGAUCGAGGAGAAGUUCGAGGCGAAGAAGCGCAAGUUCGUUGAGUCCAGCGAGCAAUUCCAGGAGGAGCUGAAGAAGCACUGCAAGCCGGCCGUGGACGAGGAGACAUUCCAGCGAAUGGUGGAGCGUCAGUACGAAGCGAUGCGGCGUGAGAGGAUGCGUCAGCUGGAGGAGCCCAAUUCGUCUGUCGCGCGCGCUCCGCCGCCGAAAGUGGAGGAAACUGAGACUUCCGUGGCUCCUCAGGCGGCCAGCAACACCACAGCUUCGCCGCCGUCGGAUUCGCAGCCGUCGCAGCAAUCUGAGAUGACUGUGCUACACUUUAUGCAGCCGAUGGAAACCGAUGCGUCGACAAAGUGCAGUGAAACUGUCGAGACGAAGGCCAGCGAAGUGACAAACACUGUUGCUCCAGGACCGAAGAAUCCUCCGCCGGCGCCGUUGCCAGUCGAGGAGCCGCAGCCGGUGCAAUCGUCGCCGCCACAGCAGAAUCUUCCACCGCAGGGAAAUGUCGCGCAUCCGCCACUCGAGAGUGCCGGACAUCCUGGGCAGUUCAAGCCGCCCGAGCCGGAGAAGAUGGAAGUCGAGGUGCCGGCGAGUCAGCCCAGUGUUGUUCCGCCGCCGGAACAGAAGCCAGAAGUCGCCGGGCCGCCGGUGAUGCACCCGAAUUAUGCACCUCCGGCGACGCCGGCCGUUUCCUCGGCUCCGCCGCACCCAAUGCCCACCGGCCAUCCGGCGGUGCCGGCAAGUGCAGCUCCGCCGCCGCCUCAGCAAUCUCAGGAUCCCCAGAUCGCGGCGACUCAGGUGUCUCAGCCGCCGAGUCAUCAUCCACCGCCGCCGCCGCAUCACAUGGGGCCGCACAGCCACUUGGCGCACGCCGGCAUUCCGCCGCAUCCUGGGCUUCCGUCUCAUCCCUCCUAUGGCGGCUAUCCGCCGCCUCCGGGCGGACCGCAUCGCGCCUCGUACUACGCUCCGUACGGCGCCGCGCAUCCUCAGCAGCCCUAUCCGUAUCCUUCGUAUCCCUACCAUCAGUACGGGCCGCCGCCGCCGACGCACUACAUGGGGCCGCGCCCCGGAGGCCCGCCUCCGAUGCACUACCCAGAGCACGGCGCGCCUCCGCCGCAAGGCCAUCAAGCGCCUAUGGACGCUGGUCCGCCGCCGCACGGACCGUACCAAUCGCCAGCCGUGCCGCCGUCCAUGCCGGUGCCGGCAAAUGCGGCCACCGCUGAAGAAGAGCCGAAACGUGAGGAGGAGAAUCACGAUAAGAAGGAGUAAAGGAAUGACGAUAGUGUUAUUGAAAGUACUUCAGCUUGAAAGAAUUUCAUAUGUGUAUUUGGUGUAUUUUAGCUAUAUAGAGAAUUUGUAUUAA